AUGUGUAUAGUUUUUUUACACAUAGACAGCCCCAACUCUAAUAGUGACUAUAAACUGAUAUUAAUAUCAAACAGAGAUGAGUACUAUGACAGGCCAGCACAAAAAAUGAAUUCUUGGGCGGAAGAUGCUAGUAUUUAUGGAGGUCGUGAUUUACAACCUGGCUGUGAAAAUGGUACAUGGCUUGCAGUGUCUACUUCUCGUAAAAAAAUUGGAUUAUUGCUCAACUUGCCAAGCAUGCAUAAAAAACCUGCUCAUAGUAGGGGAAAAAUAGUUGAAAAUUUUGUUAAGAGUGACUUAUCAAUAAAAGACUUCAUUGAAUCUAUGAAAGAUUAUUUCCAAGACUGCAAUGAUUUUAUUUUAGUAACUACUGAAUAUGGAGUAUUUACACCAGUUAUACAGACCUAUAGCAAUGCAACUAAUGAAUUAAAAGUUUGGAAUGAUAGAUAUAUGGGAUUUGGAAAUUGUCUUCCUGACACUCCAUUGAAAAAAGUAGAAGCUGGCAAGUCUACAUUUCAAGAAAUUUGUAACAAAUAUAGUAAAAUAAAUGAUAAGGAAAAGCUUAUUGAGGAACUCAUUUGCAUUUUAAAGUCAGAAGAAAGGAAUUUACCAGACCCACAAUUGGAACAAAGACAACCACAAAAUUUUAAGGAGCUAAGUUCAAUUUUUGUUAAAAUACCUUAUGGAAGAUAUGGCACAAGAGCACAUACUAUAAUAUUGGUCACUAAAACAGGAAAAAUGGAUCUCAUUGAGAUAAGUAUGUCUUUUCCAAUAGACUCAAUAAAACCUUCCUGGGAAAGAAGCGAAUUUCAUUUUGGGGCACCAGUAUAA